AUGUAUCCACAUUCGUAUGGCACGUGGAAGCCAGCCAGCCCGCCAGCCGCCAACGCGCUGCCCGCUAGCGUGCGUCUACCCGCACAGCAUACCCACCACCAGCGCGCCAGCAGCGCGCAGGAUGCUCCACAGCGCGCCAGCAGUGCUCAUUCACAACGUGCCACAGAGCGCGCAAGCAUGUACAGCGUGCACAGCACGUACUGCGUGGACAGCGCGUACUGCGUGGACAGCGCGUACUGCGUGGACAGCGCGUACUGCGUGGACAGCGCGUACUGCGUGGACAGCGCGUACUGCGUGGACAGCGCGUACUGCGUGGACAGCGCGUACUGCGUGGACAGCGCGUACUGCGUGGACAGCGCGUACUGCGUGGACAGCGCGUACUGCGUGGACAGCGCGUACUGCGUGGACAGAGUGUACAGCGCGGACAGCGUGCACAGCGUGUACUGCGUGCACAGCGUGUACAGCGUGUACAGCGUCGCCCGCACAACGCGCCAGCAGCGGGCCCCGCCACCCUGCCCAUAA